AUGGAAAAUGGUUAUAAAAAAGAUUCUGCUUUGAUGGUCAUUAAGUUAUCAUCUCAAAGAUAUAACCUAAAGCUGGUAAUCAGCAAAUCAUCGUUCAAAGCCUUUGGGAAUCAUUCAACAAGGACUAAUGAAACUGAAUGCUUUCAUAACUUAUCGGAUACUGCUGGUCAACGGUCAACUGCUGGACUAGAAAAAUAUUCGACCAACAGUUAA